GGUUCACUUCAUCCCGCUGAGCUACAUCUACUGCUGAGACCGGAGCCGAGACAGACUACGUACAGCUCCUCUACCAUGGCCUGCUUCUAGCAUCUCAGAGGAAAGCGGCCAACCCCGAGGAGCCUGUAGAUCAUCACUUAACUGUCCUGAAACAGCUCUGAGAUUCAAAUCUGAAAAGGAGAGGAGCGGCCGAUCACGUAAGAAAGAAGAAAAGAAAAGAAAACGAGUGAGAUCUGAGAUUACUUUCACCAGAAGCCCAGCAGACUUGUGGACAGGAAUAAUGAGGCACGGCUGGAUGGCGCUCGCGCUCUCGGCACUUUGCCUUCUGGGAAAAGGGGUUCUGGUGACAGGUCAGGUCAGCUUAUUCGAUGACCUCUACCUAGAAGAACAGCAGUCUGGUGAUUAUUCAGUCCUGGAUAAUGAUGAUGAAUUCAACUCUGGCUCAGGAUCAGGCUUUAUUGAAAGUGAUGAUGAAGAUGUGCGGAUAAUGGACAGGACGCAAAACAUAAAACCUACACAGCAUUCCACCCAGACCAGCAGCCCAAGACUGGAGACCACUUCAUUUGCUGUGCCAGACAUAUGGGUGGCCUCCACACAUGCAGGACAGCAGGUCACAGAGAAGGAAAAGCCCCAGGACAGUGACUUGGCUACCAGCACAAGCAUGUCUCCACAACUAGGGUCGGAUUCUGACAAGCAAAAUGAAUUGCAAUCGGAAAACCUGACGGAAGUUUUGGCAGCUGUUAUAGCUGGAGGUGUGAUUGGCUUCCUGUUUGCAAUCUUCCUAAUUCUCCUAUUGGUGUACCGCAUGAGGAAGAAGGAUGAAGGCAGCUAUGAUCUGGGAGAGCGCAAACUACCAAAUACAGCUUACCAGAAAGCCCCAGACAAGGAGUUUUAUGCCUAAAUCAGCGAUUACACUCAACAUUAACUUCCUUUUGACAUAUGACAAACAUGUCCUCAGUCAUCAAAAACACAAGCUGGAAUUAUAAACGACUGGGGAGGUUUUUAUUGGGACCUUAUUUAAUAACAAAGAUACAGUAUUUUUGCUUCAUAAAGGCAAUCAGAUAUUAUGUUUUUAUUAUGGAUCAUGACUUAUUUCUCAUGAAUUCUUUUUUAAUUGUUGGAGAAAAUAAUGUAAUAUGAAAAAGUAAAUGUCAAGCUUUAUUUCAUCCAUAGACUACUUUGUGACUACAGAGGUACAUAUUUGUAUUUUGAAAAAAUGUAAAAGAUCUGAAAUGUGGAUUGUAAAUGUACUUUAUUCUUGGUUCCAUAAUAAUUAUCCUGACCAUAUUUUAACAUCUCAGUCUUAAUGUAGGUACUAUACGAAGUUUUAGUGUUGUCAACACAAAUUUGUAUAUUUUGUCAAUUCAGUAUCAAAAUAUAGGGAAACAGUUUUUCAAAAUGUCUUGUUUUUAUAUAUAUAUAUAUAUAUAUAUAUAUAUCUCAAGCCAAGAACAAACCCUGCUCUCUCUCUCUCUCUCUCUCUCUCUCUCACACACACACACACACACACACACACACACACACACACACACACACACACACACACACACACACACACAAACAUACUGCCAUACCAGGUAAAGUAAACUCACUGUAAAUCACUGUGUUAAUAAUUGUCAUUCAUUGUCCCAAGCCUAUUUUAUUUUAUUUUUUUUGUAAUCUGAAUCCAUAUUUAAAAUGUGCAUAUAAUGACAUUUUCUUUUGUGGCUCAAAUAUAUGGAGUUAUUUGCUUAAACCACUUCCUUCAUGACUCUAGCAGCACAUGAAUGCAUAAAUGUUCACAAUGAGGCUUAAUCUUUCCAUGGUCAUCAGAGGUAUAUGUGUGGGAGCCUAAAAACCAUUUGCUUUUGAGAAUUAGUCUGCAGAUCUAACCACACAUGUUAUUCUUCAGUCUGAGGUUUGUAUUUGUGUAAGAGUGAUUGUUUACAUGAUUUGGUAACAAAUGCUAAUGGUAAAAUUACAGCUUCUGAAAAGCAUUAAAUGUUGAGGCAGAGAGCUGUUUGGGCGCAGAUUGUUAAAUGAUUAAAAUUCCUUUAUGCCAGACUGAUUAAACUGACAACAUCCAUGUGUUAUCCAAAAUGAUGAGUGAUAACCAAAAAAGAGAUUUCAAGCAUAAGUGCACUUCAUUUACAUGUUUUGGGUUUUUACACAAUCUGUGCUUACUUAUGCUAUUUUACACAUUUUAAAAUGCUGAACCCUUGAUUCCUGUUGAGUAUUAAUAGGUGUCAUCAUUUUCUAAACUCUGUUAUCAUGA